AUGGCAAACAAAGAUCAAGAAGGCACGUACUGGAUUAAUCGCCCGAGUGCAAAGGCGUAUGACUUUGAAUACAAGGCUCCGCCGCCACCAAGUAAUCCGGUGGUGCGAGGCGUGGCAUUGCACUACUUGUCUCAACUAGUCGCCGCCUCGGGCUUCGUGCAAGGCGUCUUAUGGUCGAACGCUGGCUUUGGCAAACUACGAGACCGCCCAGAACUCAACGAUGUAGACGCGCGAUAUGACCCGACAGUCAUCAAAGCUCGUCGUGGUGCGGAAUCGGCAUCAGCCAGUACCAACGAGCAGCACAUCCAAGCCCUCAACAGCGAAGACUGGACGGCGAGAAAGCCGGCAAAGAGUCCCUUCUACUCUGCUCUAGACUACCAUGAAGCCUACAAAUCCGGCUCCGUGACGCCGCUCCAGGUCGUCGAGACUUUACUGCCGCUGAUCCGGCGGGACGUCAAAGAUGCUACCGAGCAUUCGAUUGCUUUUCUCCAGACGAAGGUCGACCUCGUGCGGAAAGCGGCGGAAGAGAGCACGGCGAGGUAUAAGGCUGGGAAGCCCUUGGGCCCGUUGGACGGAGUGCCGAUGGCGGUGAAGGAUGAAGAAGAUUUGACUGGUUAUGGGAAGUGUUUGGCUUCGAAGCUCGACUUUACGAACAAGGCGGACGUGACGAGCUUCUGUGUGAAGUUGUGGUUGGAGGCCGGGGCGAUCUGUUUGGGGAAGACGACGAUGCAUGAGUUGGGGUGUGAUACGACGAACAUCAACCCCAUCUGGGGCACACCUCGCAACCCGUAUAGUAAGCACUACUACUGCGGAGGAAGCUCUGGUGGAAGCGCCUACGCCGUCGCUGCGGGCCUCGUCCCCUUCGCCAUGGGCAACGACGGAGGCGGCAGCGUGCGCAUUCCCUCCGCAUACUGCGGCCUCUACGGCCUGAAGACCUCCCACGGCCGCAUCAGUGUGCGCCCCAGCUCCAACCUUGCCAUAUCCACCGGCGUCGCCGGGCCAUUGGCAGCCAACAUGGUCGACCUGGAACUCGCAUACCGCAUCAUGGCGCAACCCGACAGCCAGCACAGCUCCUCCGCGCUCUUCAUCCCGCCCUCCCCGUCCCCACCACGCACCAACAAAGUCCUCGGCAUCUACGACACCUGGUUCUCGCGCGCCGACAAAGCCGUGCAAACCGCGUGUCGCGCAGCUAUCGACCACCUCACCACCCACUGCGGCUACACACUACUCCCCAUCACGCUCCCCCUAAUCCACGACGGCCAACUCGCCCACGCAAUGACCAUCCUCGCCGAAAUCGCCUCCGGCAUCCCCACCGUAUCCCAACUCACGCCCCCAAACAGAAUCCUCCUCUCGCUCGGCAAGCGCACCCCCGCCGUCGACCUCCUGCAAGCGCAGAAACUCCGGCACCUCCUCAUGCAGCACCUCGCGCACCUCUACGCGCAGCACCCCGACCUCAUCAUCGUAACGCCCACAACCCCCAACGCAGGCUGGCGCAUCAACGACGCAGAUCUGGCGUACGGGUGUUCAGACGGCAACAAGCAGAUUCGCAACAUGGAGUAUGCGUGGCUGGCGAACUUCGUCGGGUGUCCGGCUAUCAGUGUCCCUGUGGGGUUUGGGGAUGCCGAGGAUCAGGAUAUUGAGGGGCAGGGGAGGGUGCCGGUUGGGUUGACGGGGAUGGCGGAGUGGGGGGGUGAGGAUGGGUUGUUGGGGUUUGGGUAUGAGGUUGAGGGGUGGUUGGGGGAGGAGGGGAGGCCGCGGCCGGAGACGUGGGUGGAUGUUUUGGGGAGGGCGAGGGAGGGGAGUGGCGGUGUUGAUGGAUGA